GGACCCUCCAGAGAAGUAACCUGGUGGGAUCUGGCAGCGCAUUAAACUUUUUCUUUCUUUGCUUCGCACUCCCUCCUCCCAGAUCCCUACCCCUCCCAUCACAUUCAGCCUCCUGCCGACUCUCUGCCUUCACACAAUCCACCAGGAACUGGGCAGACUGGUCGGGUCCCACUUGUGUGCAGGGAGAUGUCCGGUUUCAGCUGAUGCUCAGGAGGCCACCAGUAGGCUCCAGAUGGUCCUCCUUGGUCGGAUGGUCCUCUCUUUAUGACCCCCCCCCCUGCUUUGGGAUAGAAGUGCAGGUGCUCCGAUCUUCUCCCAGACCCACCAGAGGAAAUGAAGGGUCUUCUAAGGACCGCGUCGGCGGUGCUCUACCUGCUGCUCAGAUCAAUCUUGGCCGACUUCAGCUUGGACAAUGAGGUCCACUCCAGCUUCAUCCAGAGAAGACUGCGCAGCCAGGAGCGCCGGGAGAUGCAGAGGGAGAUCCUGUCCAUCCUGGGCUUGCCGCACAGACCCCGGCCACACUUGUAUGGGAAGCAGAACUCAGCCCCGAUGUUUAUGCUGGAUCUGUACAAUGCCAUGACCGUGGAGGAGGAAGAAGCUGAGGGCUUUUCUUACCCUUAUAAACCCAUCUUCACCACCCAGGGGCCACCACUGGCCAGCCAGCAAGACAGCAACUUCCUCAAUGAUGCUGACAUGGUCAUGAGCUUUGUCAACCUAGUGGAACACGACAAAGAAUUCUUUCACCGACGACGCCACCACCGAGAGUUCCGGUUCGACCUGGCCAAAAUUCCCGAAGGAGACGCGGUAACGGCAGCCGAAUUUAGGAUAUAUAAAGAUUAUAUUCGGGAGAGAUUUGACAACGAGACCUUCCAGAUCAGCAUCUACCAGGUCCUGCAGGAACAUCAAGGAAAGGAUUCGGACCUAUUCCUGCUGGAUUCCCGGACGAUCUGGGCCGCAGAGGAAGGCUGGCUGGUAUUUGACAUCACAGCGACCGGCAACCACUGGGUCCUCAUCCCGCAGCAGAACCUGGGCCUGCAGCUGUCUGUGGAGAGCAGUGAUGGGCAGAGCAUCAACCCCAAGAUGGCGGGUCUGAUUGGGACGAAUGGACCGCACAACAAGCAACCCUUCAUGGUGGCGUUCUUCAAGGCCACAGAGAUCCACCUGCGCAGCAUACGGUCCACCGGGGGGAAGCAGCGCAACCAGAACCGAUCCAAAGCACCAAAGAACCAGGAGGCCCUCAGAGUGGCCAACGUCCCAGAAAACAGCAGCACAGACCAGAAGCAAGCCUGUAAGAAACAUGAACUCUACGUCAGCUUCCGGGACCUGGGAUGGCAGGAUUGGAUUAUUGCUCCGGAGGGUUACGCUGCUUAUUACUGUGAAGGUGAAUGCGCUUUCCCGCUAAAUUCCUACAUGAACGCAACAAACCACGCCAUCGUUCAGACACUGGUUCAUUUCAUCAACCCGGACACGGUCCCGAAGCCUUGCUGCGCCCCCACUCAGCUCACGGCCAUCUCCGUCCUUUACUUCGACGACAGUUCCAACGUCAUCCUCAAGAAAUACAGGAACAUGGUGGUGAGGACCUGCGGAUGUCAUUAGGAAGGACGCAUUCGUGGCGCUCCAUUUUCAAAACCCUCAAUCGCAACCGGCGCCGCUACUUGUGAUCGCGCAGAAUCCAAGUUGCGGUCAGGAUAUCAACCUAUUACCAUUCCACAACCAAAAAUGCAUUCAACCGCAACCCCCCUGGCUCCUGAUACAUAUCUAAUAACCGGGUGGACCUACCUACUUGUCUUACACAGGAGUUCAUUGAAGGACCACAAAGGUAAACUUCACCUGCUUAGAAGACCACAACUCAAUGGGAGCCGAGUGGUUUUUUUUCCUACUUGCCGUCUCUAGAUCCUUCCGGAAUGUUGCCCCCCCCCCCCCCCUUAUUGUUGGUUCAGUUCUGCCCAGAACAAAAUGCUCAGCUGACGUAACUGAGGAACAAAGGAUUCUGGGAAUCUCAACCAAUGAACAUGGGGCCACUUUUUUUUUUCAUUGAGAUCUGGAAGAUGAGGCCUUCAAAACUUCUGGGGGGGGGUGGAACAAAAUGGAGUCACUCGGAUUAUAUUUAUAACAUUGCAGUUGGCCCCCCCUCAGGCUGCUGUAGGUGAACGCGGUGAACCUUUUUGUCUCACCCGAUGGUUCGCCGCACCUCGCCGCACCUUGUGGAAGGAGUUGAACGAUCUAGAGAAAGCACUAGAUGAUAAUUAUUUUUAUAAGGUUGAUUUUUUCUUUCUUUGUUUUUAUUUUAUUUUAUUUUUCCUUUUAGGUUUUUGUCAAAACUCACAAAAUGUUUUUUUGGCGAAAUAAAUCCGUUUUCUUUAA